AUGGGGCCUGAGGGCAGGGCCAGGUGCUGGUGCUGUGGCCCAGAGCUAAGCCGCUGGGCGGCUGACAACAGUCCCACACAGGGGCGCUGUGGGCCCCUCUCUCUGUGUAGCCACACUGUGGGCCAGGGCACCUGCUGCGCCGUGUCCUGGGGAGGCCAGGACCACAUGGACGGGCAGAUCCUGGGCCAGCUGCGCCCCCUUGCAGAGCAGGAGGAGGAGGAGGAGGUGGGGGCCAGGGCUGCCCCAUCCGCAAGGCCGGCCUUCCCUGGGAUGGGCUCUGAGGAGCUGCGGCUGGCCUCCUUCUACGACUGGCCACUGACCACCGUGGUGCGGCCUGAGCUGCUGGCUGCCGCAGGCUUCUUCCACACCGGCCAGCAAGACAAAGUGAGGUGCUUCUUCUGCUAUGGGGGUCUGCAGAGCUGGGAGCAGGGGGACGACCCCUGGACAGAGCAUGCCAAGUGGUUCCCCAGGUGCGAAUUCCUGCUCCAGACAAAGGGACGGGACUUUGUCUGCAGUGUCCAGGAGGCUUGUUGCCACCUGCCCGGCUCCUGGGACCGCCCGGAAGAACCAGAAGACGGGGCCCCUGCCCCCCUCUCAGCUCCUGUUCACACAGGUCCUGAGCUGCCCAUGCCCAGAAGAGAGGUCCAGUCAGAAGGUGCCAGGGAGCCAGGAGCCCAGGAUACAGAAGAGCAGCUGCUGUGUCUGUGGGAGGAGCGGACCUGCAAGGUGUGCCUGGACCGCGCCGUGGGCACUGUCUUCGUGCCCUGCGGCCACCUGGUCUGUGCCGAGUGCGCACCAGCCCUGCAGCUGUGCCCCAUCUGCAGGGCUCCCAUCCGCAGCCGUGUGCGCACCUUCCUGCCCUAGGCCAGGUGCUUCAAGAGCUGGCGGGCACCCUGCCCAUCUCCGCCUGUCCCUCGGGCCACACGACAGGCCUGCUGAGGACAGCUGAGCUGGCAACCACAACGGGCUGUCCCAAGUCCCCAGACGCAGC